AUGUCCAAGAAGCGCGUGGAAAGCGCACAUGCCAUUACUGAACCAUUUGACCAAGGUCUACCCACCAGGCCGGGCUCUCAAGAAAAAUGCAUUGAGCAGUCCCAAGACAGCACGAUCGAGUUUACAUCCUUCCACCUACCGCCUGUGGAUAGAGGAAAAGAUGCAUGGCUUUUCCUUAUCGCAGCCUUUGCUAUCGAAGCCCUGACAAUCGGCUUCUCCUUCUCCUACGGUCGUUUCCAAGACUAUUACAGCACCACACCACCCUUCUUAGGUUCCGCGGACAUCGCAGUUAUUGGCGUUCUAAACCAAGGUCUCAUCCUCAUCUGUAUGCCUCCCAUCGUCCAACUCGCACGUCGGAAACCCAGAUGGGCACGCUGGAUGGCGACAGCAGGCAUCCUAGGCUGCAUCAUCUCCAACAUAGCAAGCUCUUUCUGCAACAGCAUCAUGCAGCUUAUCGGCACCCAGGGCAUACUUCUCGGCGUCAGCGGAAGUAUCGCCUUCUGUCCUCUCCUCAUAUUCGCAGACCAAUGGUUCGACAAACGCAAAGGUCUAGCUUUCGGUAUCAUAGGCAGUGGAGGUGGGUUUGGGGGUCUCCUCCUCCCUCUCCUCAUCAACGCCCUACUUACCAGAACGGGGUUUCAGACUACCAUGCGUAUCUUGGCUGCUAUACUUUUCGGUAUUGGCAUCCCACUAGCUUACUUUGUGAGACCCAGACUACCACCAUCGGCCACGGAUACGAAGAAGCGGUUCUGGAACUGGAGACUGAUCCGUUCCCGGUCUUUCCUCCUUCAUCAGGUUGCCAAUCUCGUUCAGGGUGCCGGUUACUAUCUGCCGGGCAUUUAUCUACCUACCUUCACUCGUCAAGUCUUUGGCACUUCGGAUUGGUUGUCUACGCUCUCACUUAUGCUGUUGAACGUGUCUGCUAUGAUGGGACUCAUCAUCAUGGGCCAUAUGACUGAUCGAUUCAACUCCCGGACCUGCAUUGCUAUCUCUGCUGUGGGUGCUACUCUCUCUGUCUUCCUUUUCUGGGGCUUGGCUGUACGCGUUGCUAUUCUUUACGUCUUCUGCAUCUUGUUCGGCUUAUUUGGUGGGGGGUUUGCUGCUGCUUGGCCGGCUGUUAUGAGGGAGAUGGCGGAGACGGGGGAGGCUAGGGGUUUUGGUCAUGUAGAUACUAUCUUGAUCUUUUCACUGUUUUGUGUUGGUAGAGGGAUCGGCAAUAUCGUCUCUGGCCCUCUAAGCGAAGCGCUCGUUGAUGGGAUGCCUUGGAAGGGAGACACGAUUGGCGGUUACGGAAGUGGUUAUGGUGGACUUAUUGUGUUCUGUGGACUGAGUUCUCUGGUGAGUGGGAUGAAUGCGUUGUGGUAUGGUCUAUUGUAA